ACAAAUUAAAAUUAGUUAAGAGAUAAUGUAAAAAUGAGUGGGAAGAGCAGGGGAGACAUGGGGGAAGACAAGAACUCGGAGGACGACAACGCCGCCGCCGCCGCCACCACCACCACCGCCAUGACCACCCUCUCUCGCCACUGUUUUGCCGAUGAUGACCCCGAAGCACCAACCUUAUGCAUAUCCAUCAUUGAGAACAUGAAGGAGGACUAUGGCCUGUUCGUAUGGCCCUGCAGCGUAGUUCUCGCUGAGUAUGUUUGGCAACAAAAGCACCGAUUUGAAGGAGCUACUGUUAUUGAGCUUGGUGCCGGAACUUCCUUGCCUGGUUUGGUUGCAGCAAAAGUUGGGGCCAAUGUUACUCUUACUGAUGACUCCACCAGAUUAGAGGUGCUUGAAAACAUGAGAAGAGUGUGUGACUUGAAUAAAAUCGAGUGCAAUGUGCUAGGAUUGACAUGGGGUGUUUGGGAUUCAUCCAUAUUCAGUUUACAACCAACUAUUAUUCUAGGGGCUGAUGUCUUGUAUGAUUCAAACGCCUUUGAUGACCUCUUUGCCACUGUGACGUUUCUGCUGCAAAAUUCCCCUGGGUCAAGUUUUAUAACCUCGUACCACAAUCGAAGCGGGCAUCACCUUAUUGAGUUCUUGAUGAGGAAAUGGGGCCUAAAGUGUCUCGAGCUGCUUGAUGGAUUUUCUUUCCUUCCAUCCCACAAGGCAUCAUUGCUAAGUGGUAACAUUCAAUUGGCAGAGAUAGCUCUUAUCUCAAAAGAUAAUGCAUGAGUCCUUCCGAAUCUCCUGCCCGCCAUUGAUGCUGCUCAUUCUGAUCAUGGCGUUAACAAAAGCCUCAUAAAAAGCCUUUUUUGAGGCAGCAAACUUAAAGACCAGGUUCUUACCCUCUUGGCUAUCAAGCAGAACUUGAUCAGAAG